GCAUGUGACCAGCUGACUGUCACAUGAUAGAUCGUGACGCCGUGUUGUAGUCAGUCAGCUGUUCGUACAAGACAGCAGUAGCAAGGUGGUGUUGGAUUCCUGUCUUGAUAUAAACUGUAAACAGAAUAUUUCAACAUGGAUAUCCGCGGGGCUGUGGACGCUGCAGUCCCCACCAACAUCAUCGCUGCAAAGGCAGCUGAGGUCCGGGCCAACCUGGUCAACUGGCAAUCUUACCUGCAGAGUCAGAUGAUCUCAGCAGAGGACUGUGAGUUUAUCAAAAAGUUUGAGGUGGCCAACUCUGAGGAGAAACAGGUUAUUCUGACCAAUGAAGGACAUCAGUGUGCUAAGACCUUUCUGAACCUGAUGGCCCACAUCUCCAAGGAGCAGACAGUCCAGUACAUCCUGACUCUGAUUGAUGACACUUUGCAGGAGAACCAUCAGAGGGUGAACAUCUUCUUCGACUACGCUAAAAAGACAAAGAAUACCGCCUGGUCCUAUUUUCUUCCCAUGCUGAAUCGUCAGGACCUGUUUACUGUCCACAUGGCGGCAAGGAUCAUAGCCAAGCUGGCUGCCUGGGGCCGUGACCUGAUGGAGGGAAGUGAUCUAAACUACUACUUCAACUGGAUCAAAAGUCAGCUCAGCUCACAGAACCUACAUGGUACAGGUCCAGAAACAGGCUCAGGAGCAGGAACUAUAUCCCCCAGUGAAAGCUCCCAGUAUGUCCAGUGUGUGGCUGGUUGCCUUCAGCUAAUGCUGAGGGUCAAUGAGUAUCGGUUUGCCUGGGUGGAAGCUGACGGUGUAAAUUGUAUCACAGCAGUGCUGAGCAACAAGUGUGGCUUCCAGCUCCAGUACCAGAUGAUUUUCUGCGUUUGGCUCCUGGCCUUCAGUCCUCAGCUCUGUGAGCAACUGAGACGCUACAAUGUCGUACCGGCGCUGUCAGACAUCCUGCAGGAGUCUGUCAAGGAGAAGGUCACUCGAAUCAUCCUGGCUGCCUUCCGGAAUCUUCUGGAGAAGUCUGCAGAGAGGGAGACUCGUCAGGAGUAUGCUUUGGCCAUGAUUCAGUGCAAAGUGCUAAAGCAACUGGAGAACCUUGAGCAGCAGAAGUACGAUGAUGAAGACAUCACUGAGGACAUCAAGUUCCUCUUAGAGAGGCUCGGAGAGAGUGUCCAGGAUCUCAGCUCAUUUGAUGAGUACAGCUCUGAACUCAAGUCAGGCCGCCUGGAAUGGAGCCCUGUACACAAGUCGGAGAAAUUCUGGCGUGAGAAUGCCGUCCGCUUGAAUGAGAAGAACUAUGAGCUCCUCAAGAUCUUAACUAGACUUCUGGAGGUGUCUGACGAUCCUCAAGUCAUAGCAGUUGCAGCUCACGACAUUGGCGAGUAUGUGCGGCAUUACCCACGUGGAAAGCGGGUGAUUGAGCAGCUGGGUGGGAAACAGCUGGUCAUGAAUCACAUGCACCAUGAAGACCAGCUUGUUCGGUACAAUGCCCUGUUGGCUGUGCAGAAGCUUAUGGUCCACAACUGGGAGUACCUGGGCAGGCAGCUCCAGUCCACUGAUCAACAACAGGCUCCUGCUGUGGCGGCUCGCAGCUGAACUGUUCCUGUGCAUGGAUGUUUGUGUACCACUGUGUGGAUGAGCGUGUGCUGUAUGUGCAUUGGUCUUUGCCAUUUUAUUUUGUGUAAUAUCUUAAAAAUCAAGGGGUGUAGUUUCUCUCUUCCAUCUACAACCCCCGAGUUACCCUCGAUGUUGAUUGAUUUGACUGUUGUACUUCGUGUCGUGACCUCUCAGCUAAAAACGUGUGGUGAUUCAAGUCGCACUUUAUGUCUGUGAUAUUGUACAAAACUGCAGGUUAUUUAAGUCUUAAAUCUGUAAAACAUUGUAUGUAACCCAAUAAAGAUGCUAGUGUUA